UGAAGUAAAGGCUUGUUUGGUCUUUUUUUUUUUUUUUUUUUUAACUUUUGGGUUUGUUUGUUUUUUCAUGUCUCUCUCUUUUUGGGAAAAACACUACUUAUUAGUGUUGGGAUGAAAUCAUUUGGGCAGUGGGGCAUUUUGCUGAGUGGAUAUAAAAGCCUGUUUGUAGAGUUUGGGAUGAGAUGGAUAGUUUGGGAGACUUCUACAGUUGCUCUUCUCUGACUGUCAGAAAGAGUAUUUGGUGACAGCCCCUCAACAGAUGAGAAGAAAUAAGCAAGCAACCACCCUUGGGUAGCCAAGGCAGAGAAAUGGGUCUGCAGAGGAUAAUACACAACAUGGCCAAAGGAUUAAACAGCCCAAGGAGAGAGCACCAUUUGUAUAUUCUGCUACAAGCACAGUAACUGGUACCUGAAAGAAGACAUAUUCAUCCUUCAGCAUUUAUGAUGGAUGCUUAUGGUCCUUGUGGUGUUUAAACAAAACAUUACUUGAGGUAGAGAUCAUAAGAAACAGGUUGAGGAUUUCUUUGCCACAGUCUAUUCAUGCACAGGAUGCUGAUUCUACACAAGUGGCCUCCCUUUGGACAAUUCUUGAUUUAGGAGAUUAACAGAUCCCCAAAUACAUGGAUUUCAGUUCUCUUCCUCUUCCUCUUCUUCUAGAAGACCAUCUUCCUUUGAGUGUUGCUGCAGGGAAGACUUACUGCAACUGGAAGCACAAAGGCUGUAAACACCAGACUGACUUUGAACUUGGAUAUUCAGCUCGGUGUUGCAAGCCAGAGUGGGACAGAACUUGUGAUCCAGAGAGGGAGUGGGAAUGGUGCUCCGAUAUCAGUGGCACCUUGAAGAUGGAGGAGGAGAAGGAAGGCCCCGUUGUGCUGGAUACCGUCCAACUGUACAGUAAUAGAACGUUCCUUCUCAAUGGAGUAUACAUAAGGGCAAACAAGCCUGGGAGGGGAAAGGUCCUUGAAAGGAAAAGUGACUUGGCCAGAGUCAUAUAACAAUAAAUGCAGAUCACAAAUCCAGAUCCUGUGAUCCUGCCUACAUUCUGCACUGCUGUUAUGGCUUUCCAUUAGAAUACCAUUAUUUUUUAACACAAAAUCUUCCUUUAUUUUACAAUGAAAGAAAGUGAAGAACUAAAAUACAUUUUAAAAAAAGGUUGGUCAUUCUGAAUUCCUGUUAAUAAAAUAAAAUUAAAAAAAACCAAACAGAGAUUACAAUGAUGCACCCUAUUUGAUGGAUGAAAAGUCGUGUUGAUUUCAUCCAAAUUCUUUGGUGAGGGAAAGAAGAGAGUUUUUGUUUGGCUUACAAUUUUGUGGUGCAUGUCUACACUAGCUUGUCUACACUUUUGUAAAAUUCCAUUCAAGCUCUAUUUAAUAUGCAGCAGAAUUAUUGUACUUGCUAUAUAUCAACUUUAAAUCUGUUUCAAUACAACCUGAAAUGCCUUUCUUGCAGUAUAUCACUUCAUCAGUCUAGCUUAACUAGAGCUGCUUUGUCAUUUUUUAUUGCCCCCAUAAAAUCUAGGAAUGGAACACUUUGAUUUUUCUAGCAGUAAUUUUUAUUACUUAGGCUUUUUUUUUAAAGUACUUGUCAAUGAGAUACAGUACUUGCACAGAGUAUAUUUUUCAGCUCUGCAUUAUAUUGUUAUUUCAAUUUAUUUUAGACAGAAUGCGUAACAUUCAUCAAAAUAAUACCUAUGGUAUUUCAAAUGAGUGUAUUAUGAAUAUAAUUAGAAUGGAUAUAAACCUACUUCAUCCAUCAAGAUUCCUAUAUUUUGUUGCCUGCAUCUAAGCGUAUGGCAUCUUUCAAGUAAGCCUUAAAUGAUAACUCACAUUGUGCUUUUAAUGCUGCACAUAACAUCAUAUCACAACGUGGGGGAGGGAGGGAAAUUAGGUUCUUGUAAUUUUUAUGUUUUAAUUUCAAUUUUUUAGAGCCGUCUAGAUUUUUCCUUGGAGUGAGUUGUACCAGACAGUUUUAUUCCCCCCGCAACCUUAGGCAUAUAGAAAUUGCCAUAUUAGAGCAGGCCGGUGAUCUAUCUAGUGUACUAGUCUGCCUGUUUCUUAUACUCGUAAGAGGAAAAUGUAAAAUAUGAUGCUACAUGUUAUGGAAAUGUCUGUUCACUGGGAGAGAUUCUUCCUAAUCUGCUUCAGUUUUAGUUUAGUGUGUGCCCUGUAGCAUGAAGAUUUAUAGCCUUCCCAAAAAAAAUGGAGAUACAGUUAUUUAAUUCUCCCCUUCCCUUCCCUCAUUGGUGAUAUCGGUUCUAGUCUAGGUCCUGCCGCGUUUCUUGACUUCCCUCAGAGAAGUCAUUUCACCUUUCUGUUCCUUGAUUUCCUCUUAUGUUAUUAUCCUGACCUUAGGUUAAAGCCUUGAGGACCUACAAAGCAAAUAUACAAUUUAAGAUCUAGAUAGUAUUGGAUUUAAAACAUAUUUAUUUCUUAAUAUUGUAACUGCAGGUGUUCACACCAUCCAUCUAAAUGUCCAGUUCUUUGGUAAUGCGGAUCAUCUCUUGCCCCCAGUGAUGUAUUGUUCCAAGCUCUAAUUGUAUACUAUGUAAGAAUUAUUUUUUGUUUUUAAUCAGUGAAAGUGAACUGUCCCUUUCCAGAAAUCUUAGGGAUUGAAGGUGGCACGUGGUAAGGAGGCAGCUUUGCAUUUCAACUGAUGGGUGAAAUAGUGUGUUUACAGUUAGCAUUCACAUUAAAACAUCCAAUUAGAUUUUGCACUGUUUCCAUUAGCAGUGCUAAAUGUGAACUUAUGUAUGUCACAACCCAGUGAUUUUGGUGCCUCGGCAUGAUGGAAUUUUCCCGCCACAUGAGAGCCUAAUGCACAGCAAAGGUUUUCUGUUGCAACAGAAAAACCCCGGUGCAAGGGAGUUCCUGCCAUUUGAAUGCAAAUUUGUGUCCCGCUAUUGGCCAGUUCUAAAUUAUUCCUACAUGGCGGCUAGUACUUGGCUUGCUAGCCGUUUAAAAUUUCGUGCGACUUCCGCCCAAGUCGGAUAACUUUGAGCACGCUGCAGAGUGCUUCUAAAAGAGAUCUGACUUGCGGCUGAGCUGAUCGAUAGACUGAUCACGUAUCGAUUCUUCUCCCUGUCGCCGAGCGCAAUCCCCGACAUACCCUUCCUCGCCGGCUUGAUUUGUGGACGGAUGAGCUAGCCUGAGCCCUGCCCUGGAGCAACUCACAUAGUUGUUCAAAUGACCAGACCGUCUGCGUCACAGCUACAAGAGGCGUAAGUAAAGUUUUGCAACCAUUAAGCUUUGUCCACCUCUCUAUUCACCAGCCCGCCCAACGAACGAGUAAUUACUAAAUCAUCUCGAGUCGGCUCUGGCCGUCCAAGACAUGGCGACGAGGAUGGGAUCUAAGGGUACGGUGAUGGAGAUGAACCUAAUCGGGUGCUGCCCCUGGUGCACCGGGACCCGCCGCGUAGAGAAUGCAAACGAUCUAUGGGCGCAUAUCACUUACCACCAGGCGGUAGAAGGAGAUGAAAGAAAUAUUGAUGGUUACUUCUCCGUAAAGAGAGAAGAAGCAGUCGUGAAAGAAUGGAGAACUAAGCUAUCCCUUGGGGAGUUCGGGUGCAUAAUGGGGAGUGACCGGGUCUAUUAUCGACCCCUGGAGGAAACAUCAACCAUAUCCUUAGCUGGGGUAAAGGCGCGGAAGGCAGAAAAGCUGGCCCCUGCUCAGGAGUUUGCUCAAUGCACUCAAUACUUAAGGGAAGGAGGGGAACCCACCCCCACGGACUGGUUCAACUGUCCGGAUUUGGUGCCUGGGUCGCGGGGCCAUGAGCUCCUCGUUCAGUUCCGGGAGGAUCUGGAAACUAAGGGCCGUCAUGUGCCGAGAUGGCGUUUAACUAAAUGGAAGAAGGGAAAGAUGAUGAAUGUGCUUUUCCGUACAGUAGCGGGUCUACUAAGGGAAUACGCAAAUUUAGAGGCACAGAUGCAUACGGCGGGUAAGGAGUCGCUGGAGCGGACAGCGAAGUGCUCCGGAGCGACUUCUAUCAAAAGCACCGGCCGUAUGAUGCCGCUAGCAGAAAAUGGCGCUGAAAGAAGCGUGAGCCAUCCGGGGAACCCGGAAAGGAGGGGCGGAGUUUCAGAAGACCCGGCGGGGAUCUGCCUAGUGACUCCGCCCCCCGAGGUAAUGUUUUUCCCAACGGCCCCACCUCCUUGCCACGGGGAGGGGGCAAUGGGAGGAGGGAUGUACCCAGCACUCCCAGAUGAAGAAUUUAACUCUUUCUCUGCUGCAGCUCACCCGAUAGCUGUGAUGAAGCAUAUUGCGGAUGAAGAAGGUACCACACGUACCACUGUCAUCUCUCGCACACACGCCCGACCAGAAAUUCAGGAACUUUGUAGAGAAUCUAAAAUAAAACCAGAAGAAACCUUGGCCAUGUGGUUAGGACAAUUAAUAUUGUAAUUUGGAUCUGACACCUUAGACAAGGAAGAAGCGAGUGCCCUGACCCGACAAGUGGCAUGGAGCGGAGGGCGUGCUACCGACUUGAAUGUGGUCACGGACAGUGCCCUCUGGCCCAUCCCGCUCCCGGUGCUCGUAGUGGGACAGGUAACCCACAAAUUUCACACCUGGCAUGAAGGCCGCCCGCAGAAGGCUACUGCAGAGCAACUCCUCCUGGCCAUAGUCGGGGUGUCAUAUCUUUCAUGGAGCCUGAGAAUGAAUCCAAUGGGACUAACAGCAGUCCAAUGCAAAGAGAGAUGGGCUCAUCGCCACCUAUCAAACCCCGGGGCAAUUCCAACACCCCUGGAAGCUAUAGAUGGCUGCGUGGAGGUAUACGGAGGAGCAAAUGCCAUUACACUCUGACUCUUUUUGAACCCAAUGGCGGGUCAACCAGUGGGAAAUCUCUUAGGUCAUCUCCCACGACUGCAGGCACUCAUGAAGCAAGGUGAAGAAGCUUCUGAUGAUAUAAGGGACCGACCUUCAGCCUAGCCAGCCGAAACACUGAGAUCCAGACAUCAAGGGUUUAACCCCCGGUGAGAGCCAUGGUGGUCACCUCCAAGAACCCCGAAGGAAAGAACUACAAAGGAAAGGAAUAUGUUUGUAAGUCCGGAACGAGCGAGAAGAAAACCAAAGACUCAGUUGCGAAUUUUGGGAAAAAGGGCCCAGUAUCGUCUGGCCGAGACAUUAGGAUUCAAAUUCGAAGACCCACCAAAAAACAAAUAAUGGCCGUCGGCUCUGCCAGCGGCCUUCUCCAACUCAAACCUGACCCCACUGAUCCUCGUCCAUACGCCAAACUCACUGUUUACAACCCUACCGAUCCGGAUGACCAACAACAAGUAUUCUUCCUUCUUGAUACUGGAGCUCAAACCAAUGUAAUUACCUCAAUGAUACCUUACCAAAAGACCACCAAAACGAUCAAGGUACAAGGGCUUAACGCUAUCGCCGCCACAACGAAGGUCAAAUUUUGGGUCCAGGGCCACCGAUACCCCCUAGAGGCUGUCCUAGGGGGCAUCAACAUUUUAGGGAUCCCAGGGAUAAGAGGGCUUGACCUUAAAGAACAAGUGCUACAGGCAUUACCCGUUAUUAUCCCAGAACAGGAUUGGCAUCGACCAACGCUUCGUAACACCUCCACCUGGCGAUAUUGACCGAUUCCCAACUAAGGGUCCUCUAAAACAGUCCCUUACUGACCUCCUGCGGCGACUCAAGCAAGGAGGCUGUAUUAAGACCGUAACUGCCAGCACCUACCUGUCAUCAGGAUGGGGAGUUGCGAAACCUGGAAAGCCUAACGAAGCCCAGCUAGUCAUAGACUAUAGAGAGGUUAACAAAAGAUGUCAAGUACUUCAACAACCUAAUCCUUCUACUCUGCCACAAUGUAUGUUUGAGAUGGCACAAUUCCAACAAAGUAAGUGGGUCGGAGUCGCAUUGGAUCUAAAAAACAUGUUCUUUUCCAUCCCGAUAACUGAUCCGGAAGGAAUACUAAAUAUGUGUAUUGAUGGCAUUAUGUACAGGUGGACGGUUUGUCCACAAGGAUAUCGCAACGCUCCGUCACUAGCUGCUGGUGCCAUGAAUAAUACCCUAAAGAAUUUUCAAGCCUCAUACUCUCUUCCCCCAGAGGAGGAAUUGAGAAUUUGGAGUUAUGUCGAUGAUAUUGCCAUCAUGGGUUGCGAUAGUUCCGUAGUUGCUAGUAUAGUCAACCAACUAGUCGCUCACCUUCAAAGUGAGGGAUGGACGAUCAAUGAGGAAAAGUCAUGCCUACAUCCUGUAGAUGACAUCAUGUUCCUUGGCACUUGUUACAUCGGUUCCAUCCGCCACGGAAUCUCGCAUGAGGGUCCUAACAUCGAUCCAUUAAAAACAUUCCUCCCUGUCACUAAGAGGCACUUUCAACAGCUUUUGGGUCAUUUAAAUUGGUAUCGGCAUUAUGUUGGACCCAGUGAUUUGGCACUCCUUACCAAAUUGCAGCGACAGAUCCGUAACAAAUCCCGAAAGUCUACGCCCUGGAAGAAAGGAGAUCAGCAGAACCUGCUUCGCCUGCUAGCCACGGUUAAAGAUACACAGUUCCAUGCCAUCAAUCUAGGUGAGUCACUAACUGUAGCCCUUGGGUUCACCACAAACCACGUGUGGCCUGUCGUACAUAACCCUCGCGAUGAGCUAGUAUACACGGCCCAUAAGACACUUCAAGCGGCACAACAUUGAUAUGGAGCUGUAGGAAAAAUCCUCCUAGCCGAACAACUGGUGGAGCCAUUAGCAAGGGGGCAUGGGACGUUACGCGCUCCCAGUGCCACAUUGUUACCCUUGCUGGAUGCGGAAAGAGUCGACCCACAUUUUCAGGGGGAGUCUAAGACCUGGAAUACGCUAGUGCUUACUCACCAUUACAACUGGCAUUGCUGGAGGUUGGAAGACACGGCACCUGAUCCAAGCCCAGAAGAUGAGGAGAAGGUCCCUACACUGUAUGGAACUUCUGCCCCGGCGUGGAUGGCCUCAGAUGGAACCUCCCGACAUGGCAGUGGCUAUGGGUACUAUUGCAAAGCUUGUAACGAUAGGGAAAUAUUUCAAGCCGACCCAGAUGAUAAUUCGGCCCAAAAAUGUGAAUUAUUAGGAUUCCUCAAGGUACUAGAACAUUGUCUGACACGUUAUAACGACUCGCUCCCCGUUCCAAUCAUCGCAAUUGAUUCGCAAUACAUGUAUAAAAUUCUUAUCGGUACAGCUUUUCCCUCCGGAAAUUUGAAUGAUUGGCAAGACAUCUCGAAAACGUUAACUAAAUUUGUACGCCUCCCGUUGAUUAGGCACACUAAGUCCCACCGUCCGGAUACUGAUCCAGUACAUGAGGUCAUUGAUAAGCUCUUAGAAGAUCCACUCCGGACCGACAUAGUCUUGCCUAUCACAUCUACCUCCGGUCCUGAAGUAAAUACAUUCCUCAUGUGACUUCACGAAAAUCGGGGUCACCCAGGGCCACGGGCCUGCCAUCAACGUUGGUGCCGAACCCUUAUGGAGCCGGCCCCAUACAGAGCUCGGCGCGAUUGGGAAAAGGUAGCUCAGGCCUGUGAGAUAUGUGCAAAAGAAAAGUGCCAUAGAACCAAACAUCAACUCGGAGCUUUCGAUUCUUCACGGUUUCAGGCAGGAAAAGUUUGGCAGGUAGAUCUGUUAGGACCUCUCCCAGGGUCUAAACCGCCAAAUAAAGGAUUAGUUGUUGUCGACUUGGGAACUAGACAGUUACAAGUUAUUCCCUUACGAAAAAGCAAUGCCACUGCCGUUAUUUCUGCCUUAACUGCUGUGUUUGCUACCUGGCAACCCCCUCAUGAGAUUCAGUCUGAUGGGGGACCCCUGUUCAACUCUAACUCUCUAGACAAAUUUGUUCGUCUUCACAAUGUAGCCUGGCAUCUUCAUCUGCCAUACCACCCGCAGUCCAACGGCGUUGUCGAAAGACACAUAGGCCUGUACAAAGAACAACACCACCUUAGAGGAGGAGGGACAUUUAAAAACUGGACUAAAUUCAAUCAUGACUUUCUCAUCUCACUGAACACUGCUAAACCGUUAUGGGACGAAGCUAAUGUCCAGAAACCCCCACCUUGGGAACCCAAGUUCCAGCCAGAUGAGUUAGUGUGGAUCUCAAUACCGCACCCCCAUCAGUCUCAUCCACAAGUUCACAAAGGAACAGUUCAACGGUCGGGACAAUAUCCUAAUACCUAUUCUGUCCAAUUAGAAGAAAAGCCCAAUCAUCCUCCUAUUAUCAUUCAUCACAACUGGAUGACUCGCCGUUCCGACGUUCACCCAGUAUCCUUACAGUGAAAUCAAUUAUGAGUCUCUUUUGUUUUGUGUUGUUGUUCUCUUUCUUCACAGGUCUAACCCCAGCAAAGUAGUAAUCCACAACCGCCCGAUUGUGAGAUUCGUCGAGCACCAAACUACAGUUCAUUCGAGUCAAUAGAGUGAUGGUUGUGAAGGAGACACUGAGACGGCGAACGUCCAUUCGCUCAGGACUUACUAUAACACUAUUCUCUCUCAUUUUAUUAAGUAUUUUAUUGACAUUGCCUGUUAAUAGAAGAAGACGGACUGACUACUAAACGAGGGGAAUCCCAAGCAGAUGUUCUCCAAUCAGACGAUAAUCAAUAGUUGUUGUUAUAUGUUCAAGUUAUUAUAUUUUAUAGUUUGUUAAGAAGACCGGUCUAUCAAAUUGUUUUUUUGUACAUAUAUAUUUGUAUUGGUUGUUAAAGCUUUGCCAGGUCAGUAAAUCCUGAAACAAAGAUUCCUUAUGAUGUACUUGUGUCUAAAAUUCCAGUUGCGCCAUCGGCAAGGGGGCAUGUCACAACCCAGUGAUUUUGGUGCCUCGGCACGAUGGAUUUUUCCCGCCACAUGAGAGCCUCUUUCACAGCAAAGGUUUUCUGUUGCAACAGAAAAACCCCGGUGCAAGAGAGUUCCCUCCCUUCAAAUGCAAAUUUGUGCCCCGCUAUUGGCCAGUUCUAAAUUAUUCCUACGUGGCAGCUAGUAAUUGGCUUGCUAGCCAUUUAAAAUUUCGUGCGACUUCCGCCCAAGUCGGAGAACUUUGAGCACGCUGCAGAGUGCUUCUAAAAGAGAUCUGACUUGCGGCUGAGCUGAUCGAUAGACUGAUCACCUAUUGAUUCUUCUCCCCGUCGCCAAGCUCAAUCUCUGAUGUACCCUUUCCCCGCCGGCUUGAUUUGUGGAUGGAUGAGCUAGCCUGAGCCUUGCCAGCUGGAGCAACUCAUGUAGUUGUUCAAACGACCGGACUGUCUGCGUCGCAGCUACAAGCGGCGUAAGUAAAGUUUUGCAACCAUUAAGCUUUGUCCGCCUCUCUAUUCACCAGGCCACCCAACGAACGAGUAAUUACUAAAUCACCUCGAGUCAGCUCUGGCCAUCUGAGACAAUGUACAUGAGAAGUUAAUGUUUCUGUAAGAAAAAAGAAAACUGUAACCAGAUGUGUCUAAACAGCCCUCCUCAGACCUGGUCUUUCAUCUCUGAAGUAGCCAUGAACCUGAUCUUGAACAAUAAGCUCAUCCAGAGUGGAAUUCUUCUUGGCCUGUUUUCUGCUUUAAAUGUGCAAUAUAUCUGGUUCUGGCUUUACUUAUUGCCCGCCAACUGAGGUCUGAAUGGAGCCCAACUUGUAAAUGGGUUUAGAGAGUGUUUUUGGUAUCUGUACUGGGUGCUGAGCCAGUAAAUUGGCAUGUAGGGCCAGAUCCUCAAGGCAUCUCAGCUUCCACUUACACACCUAAAUUAGCAGUUAGUUUCUCCAAAGACCUGCCAAUAGUUGCUGAGAUCUUCUGAAACCAUGGCCAUAAAUGUUUCAAGGGGAGCUGGAGGAGGACAGCCUCUUGUGCCUGCUUGCCUCAUUCUGUUUCUGGUACCCAACCUGAGGAAGAGCUGGACAGAUGCAUAACACUUCACUGCAGCUGCUCUGUGAAUAUCAAAUGAGAAAUAUUUCGCGGCUUUGUUCUCCAUGGUUGGCAGACUAAUAUAUCACUAUAACCAGAUAGCAUUUCCUGUUAAAAGCAUGAUUGCAAUUGGAUUCUGAGUUUCACUACCUGUCUGAAAUGAUCAUAGGUACCUAGGAGAUUCUUGAUUGGAUUGGACUCAAAAUUGAGUCCAGCAUCCUGUCUCUCUACCAGGGUUUCAUUGGUAGAUAUAAACAUGAUGCUGUAAACAAAUAAAGAAUAAUAUGUCUCCCCUUAGUUCUCAUACUGGUGUGACGGACUUACCUGACUGAGCUCCAAUCUGUCCUGGGGCUCAAGAAUCCUUACUUCUGAUGGGUGGAGCCAGUCCACCAAUCAGGAACAAGCUGAGGAAAGCGGGCACCGCCCUUUUCCCAAAAGGAGGGGGAGGGGAGUGGAGCUCUCUAACCUAAUUGCAGACUGCAGUGUGGCAGGUCUGCUGGACUUGAGGGGCAGAGCCCCUGAAGUGUACAAAAAGAGAGCAUGCAGGGCAUGCAGGGCAGAUGCAGCAUGGGGCUCAAGAACAGCGGAGCCAAGAAAAGCUGGGGAGAGCUGCCCUAGCGGGUGAUAGCCCUGGGCUCCUGAAGACAUCACUGGAGGAAUCGCCACCAGAGCCUCGACCCUGGGAGCAGGGAGAGCCUGCUGGGGCCCCCCACAUGAUGCACAGCCCAGUGCAUGGGGCCAACCCUGGUUGCUGCAGGAGGCAGCUUGGGUCCCGGGAUACUUAGUGCACAUAGCAGUGCAUGGGGACACCAGACCCUGGGAGCUGCAGAUGGAGGCUCGGGUCUGCUACCCUCAGUGUGUGGGUGAGAACCCCAGUGCAUCUGGAGGUGCAUGGAGGUCACCAGACCCUGGGAUUUGCAUUUGGUGGCUCAGGUCUGCUACCCUCAGCAUGUGGCCAAGGACUUGGUGCACAUGGUGGUUCGUGGUGCCCUAAGCCAUGGGAGUGGUGCCAUACCACUUGAGUUUGCACCCCCUUCCCCAGCAUGAGGCCAGGCACCCAGGAGGCACUAGUGGGGUGCAGGAGAGGUCCGGCGGUCCAGAUUUCAGGACCCGCAUGAGGCGGCCCAAGCCCCAGCACAAGGCAGGAGGCAAGGCCUGGGCAUUGGGACCCGCAUGUGGAGGCCUGAGCCGCAGUGGAGGACAGAAGGCAGGGCCCCAGGCAGCCCCAACAAGGCACCCAUGGCUCUGGGAACUGCUCGCAGCCUGCUACCCGGAUCCGUGAGUACCCGGGGAAUGGGUCCCCCUCCCCAGGAGGGGAGGCCCUGAAAGGGGAAUCUGGCAGGAUCAGGGGCCAGGUAGACCCAUCUUGGGCUGAGGAAGUACUGGGACCCUCCUCCCCCAAAGCAGGUGCCAGGGUUGCCACCCUAAGGGAACAGUAAAUAGUCUGUGCCACAAAGGGCGGGGGGGGGGGAAGAUUGCACCUCCCAUUUUGUAAAUAGUUAUAUUUUUUAUUGAUUGAUAGAUAGAUAGAUAUGUUGUCAUUAUUUUAAUGUGGCCUGGGUUAUGUCAGCAGAUUGAGGUUUGAUUGUGUUGUUGUUCUUGCUUGAACUUAUCUGUGGAUACCUGUGUUUACUUGCCUUGCUAUAUUUGCCUGUGGUUAUUGUACAUAUUUAGCUGUGUUUUUAUAAAUGUGUAAAUAUUGAUAUUACUUAUAUAUUAAUAGCAUCGUCUUUUUUUUUUAAAGGAUUUUGGUAAACAGUAAUAAAUGUGUCCCUGCCUGGCUCUAUAGAGACAGGAGGGAACUUCUCACCGGUGGCAGAGCCCUCACAGCACUCUUGCUUGACCACCCCAUCCCUUCCACUUGCAGACAGGGCACACCUCUGGAUGUACCCAGGCUACACUGGUUUCUGAUAAUGGGACUACUUUAAGACCAGAAGUACAAGGUUUAAUCUCCUUUUCCAAAUAGGUCAUCAUUAAUUAUGGUAACUGUAUGUAAACAGACCCUUUCUUAAGAUUUUGGCCUCAGUGCUUUUCUGUGGCAGCAAGUUCUGUGGAUUAAUUGCAGAUUUUUUUUUCAUUCAUCAGGAAUGAUGGAUAAAAGCAUAGUGUUAGUCUUCUGUAAACUUUAAGAACAGGUGCUUAAGACUGAAGGGGUAUAAAAGACUGAAGGGGCACUGGUUUCUUUCUUUUCCCCCUUCUUUUUCUGUUUCCUGGCUUAAGUGGAAGAUUGGCAGAGAAGGAGCACGGCUUUGACCCAAAUGAAACAUUUUGACCAGUUUCAUUUGAUGUUUUAUUUUC